AAGUGUCAAUGCGAGAACACUGGCGCACAUGUUAUCCAAUUCGAUUAGUAGUUUGAUUGUUAUAUACGCAUUCGUCGUAAGAUUUUUAUUAGCCGUAAUAAUGUACGUUUAACUUGGAUUUUCUCGCUGUAACAAGCAUCUAUGUCGAAUAAAUAUUUUCGCCGAAAAUUUAUUUUUGAUACAUGAAUCAUACUUUACGUGUUCGAUGCCCGAUUUCCAGUUCUUUUAUUUAUUUUUUGUUUUGUUCUGGAGUAAAUUAUAGCAGCAGUUUUAUUAGUCAAUUAAUACGUAUUGAAUGGCGAGAUCCAUGGCUUGCAUUAUUGUUAACUUUCCAUAUUGCUAUUACAAUGACUGCAUUAAUGACACGAAACCAUGCCAAUUUUCAAAUUAUGUUAUUCCUUGCUUUAUUACUCUUGGUAUAUUUCUCUGAAAGUAUAAACGAAGUUGCUGCAUCUAAUUGGAUGUUGUUUUCAAGACAACAAUAUUUUGAUUCUAAUGGACUCUUCAUAUCUAUAGUAUUUUCUGUGCCUAUUUUGUUGAAUUGUAUGAUCAUGAUUGCUAGCUGGCUUUAUCAAUCCAGUCAGUUAAUGACUAGUUUAAAGAGAGCACAAUUAAGGCAACAAGCGAGAAAUCGGGAAAUGGAAGAUGACUCUGUGAAUGCAAAUGGGACUGUUGUAAGAGAAAAACAGGAAUAACCAUUCUAGUCCAAUAACAAGAAUGAGAAAAUAUGAAAUAUAAAAAUGUACAUUACUAUGAAACAAGUAUUGGCUUGUUUUUGACACAAGUAGAGUGAUAUAUAAUGGCAUUGUAAAAUUUGACGAAUAUUCAACAUAGCAUUUUUUAAAGACGCUAUUGCCGAUAUAAUUAAUAAUGUUACCGUAAUUCAUAUCAAAGUUGAAUAGUUCCAUUGUCAGUUGACUGUACUUCCAAUCUUAUGUCAUAUAUACGAGACGAAUUCAGAAUUUUGCAAAUAAUUUAUUUAUUCAAAAUUAAUGAUAUACUAAAAUGCGAUACGGCACGCAAUUUGAAAAUUACGAGAUAUUACAUGAUUCUCGAGAGAAUAUUGUUAUCUUAUAUUAAGGUACAUUCCGACAACGCUCUACUUUUAUUUUAACGUUGAAAUACGGAUCAGUGUUUUUAUUACCAAUGUACUUACUAUUGUAACACAUAUUGCUUGUUACAAAAGCUGAUGAACGGCAUAAUUAAGUAAUAAUUAGGCUCUAGAUAUGUAUGUAUGUAUGUAUGUGUGAAUAUAUAAUUUUUUCCGAAAACUAAAUCUUAAAAGAUAUUACGAAUGUAUUAUGUCCAUAUUUACAAAUUUUUUUUAUUGUAUAUGUGUGUAUAUGUGUGUAACUAUCUUGCCGUUGUAAUAUUUAAGGCGUGCCUAAAUUUAAGUAAUAAAAUAUUUCUUCUUAAAA